UGCCGCUGUGCCUUUAAGAAGGAAAGAAGAGGCGGUGCCGGCUUUUUGAGUGAGCGCCCUGCUGGCCCAUCAGCGCCCGCGGUAGAGAGACAGGAUCAGGAGGUGGCGGGUUCGAGGCCGGCUUUCGGCGGAAAUGGUGACCAAGGCGGUCAAGGUCCGCCGCCCGGGAGAGGGGCGGAAAUUCGGGGUGGCAGCCAAGUCCUUGGCGGAGCUGCUUCCCAAGGCCUGUGCCCUCCUCCAGCUUCCUUCCUCCAAGGCCCGGCUGUGUUUGUACGAAGACGGGACGGAGGUGACGGAAACCUAUUUCCGAAAGAUUCCGGAUAACUCCGAGCUGAUCUUGUUAGCUCCGGGAGAAGACUGGCAGGGCUACGUGAGCGAGAUCCAGCGCUUUCUUGACGCCUUUUCCAGCCAGACCGACGGCAUUGUCCGCGCGGCGCAAGGGCUGCUCUCCGGCGAAGAAGCCCCCAAGAGGCGGAAACUCCUGGCGGACCUGAUUCACAAUCUCAGCCAAAACAUCGAAGCGGAAAGCCGGGAAGAUGACGAGAAAUGGUUCCAAGGCGAGCUCCUUACAUUUCUUGAUUUAUUCUCGGGAAUGUAUGUCAACGGGAGGCUCUGUUUUAGAGCGAAGGGACGACUGCUGGUGUCGGAGGCGCUGAUACUUGUCCCUCCGUCUCUUCUAGGCGUUGAAUCUCGCUUCAAGACAAAGUCCGGCUACAUGCGCUACAGUUGCGAGAGCAGGAUCCGAAGUUACAUGAAAGAGGUCGGAGCUUAUGCUUCCUCCCUCCCUCCGUCUGUCCAUGCCAAAUUCCGACAGAUUGCAAAAGCCAUGCUGGAGAAGCUGAAAUCCGAGAGGUACAAUGGCUUUUAUUUUGACCGGCGAGCGGAAAAAAAGGCCUGCCUUUGCACGCCGGAAGGCUGGUUUUCUUGCCAGGGGCCUUUCGACACCAAAGACUGUCCUUGCCGGCACUCCAUCAACCCUUACGGCAACAAAGAAAGUCGGAUCCUUUUCAGCACCUGGAACCUUGACCACGUGAUCGAGAAGAAGCGAACGAUCCUCCCGACUUUGGCGGAAGCCCUCGCGGACCGGAGGGACGUGGACUGGGAGUACUUCUACCGGCUGCUGUUCACCGUCAGCAACCUGAAACUCGUCCACAUCGCCUGCCACAAGAAAACGAACCACAAUCUCAGCUGCGACAAAAGGAAGAUCUUCAGGAAAAGCAAGCCUUUCUGCAGGGUUCAGAAACGGCCCUCGCCGGCAGCUAAGACGCCGCAAAUUUAAAGGAUCCGUUGUGUAAUAGAUACAGAAAUCAUUGUUUUGACACGUGAUCAUUUCUCGGGAAUUAAAGGAGUUUUGUAUCA